AUGUCGUCGAGGAGACCCGCGGGCUCCCGCGCCGGCGGCGCGGCCGCCGGUGGCGUAGGCCGGAAGAAGGUGGCUAGUGGCGCGGGGGUCUUGAGCCUGCGGGCGCUUCGUGAGGAACUUGCUCGUCAGAAGGAGGAGGAAGAGCGGAAGGCGCGUGAGGAGGAGGAGAUGGAGGCGCAAGCUGAGAAGGCGAGGAGAGAGGAAGAGGAGAAGAAGAAGCCCACGGAGGAGGAAGAGAAGCAGAGGGAGGAGGAGAGGCAGCGUAGGAGGCGGGAGGAGCGGAAGAGAGAGGAGAAUCGGCGUCUGGAGGCUGCACGGAGGCGGCUAGGUGUCACCAUCGUCGCUGAGGGUGGAGCCGCAGCUGGCGACGGUGACCGGAAGCGGCCGGUUUAUGCAUCCAGGAGACCUAAAUUGCAGUCCAAGUCUCGUGAGGACGUCCAGUCUGAAGUUGAUCGGGGAGGAAACCAGAGUUCGAUGCUGCACUCUGAAGAGGAAAAUAUCAAUGCAUCACAUGAAGAUGACAUCAUCACAGUCAAUAAUGUGCUCAGAUUGAAGGAGGGAUCGAGCGCUGAAUCAUCGGAACAGGGCAGAACAAUCAAUGGUGACGACGAUGAUGAGGAUGCUUGGGACAACAAGAGCCUGGAUGAAUUUGAUGAUGUCCUGUCUGAUGGUAAUUCUCGCUUGUAUGGAGGAGAAGAAACAGAGGAAAACCAUUCGAUUUCCUCUGCUCCGGUUGUUAAUUCAGACAAUGUGGCCCAGGAGAUUGUGGAGGAUGUCUUCGUUGCUCAGGAUGUUGCUUCCAGCAAUGGAUCUGGAGAUGAAAGGGAGCUCCGCGCACCAAUAUGCUGCAUCCUUGGACAUGUGGAUGCUGGAAAGACGAAGCUCCUUGACUGUGUCAGGGGUACCAAUGUGCAGAAAGGGGAGGCCGGAGGCAUCACACAGCAGAUUGGUGCCACCUACUUACCGGUUGAAAACAUCAGGGAGAGGGCGGGCUUAAAGCCUGAAGUCGCCAUCAAAGUUCCCGGUUUGCUCGUAAUUGACACCCCUGGUCAUGAGUCCUUCAGCAAAAUGCGUUCAAGGGGAUUGAGCUUGUGUGACAUUGCUGUGGUGGUAGUUGAUAUUACACGUGGGCUAGAGAAGCAGACAAUCGAAUCCCUUCAUCUUCUGAAACGCCAUAAUGUAAGGUUCAUUGUCGCCUUGACCAAGGUUGACCGCCUCUAUGGGUGGAAGAGCUGCCCCGAUGCACCAAUAGUGAAGGCACUCAAGAGUCAAUCUGAUGAUGUCCAAAGCGAAUACAGAUGGAGGUUAACUGAGGUCGUAACACAGUUUAAGGAAAAUGGCUUCAAUACUGCACCGUACUAUGAAAAUAAGAAAAUGAAACAAGUGUUUAAUAUUGUCCCGACCAGUGCCAUAAGGGGUGAAGGUGUUCCAGAUCUUCUACUGCUACUGGUGCGAUGGGUUCCGGAAAUAAUGAUAGAAAAGCUAGUCUAUGACAAUUCAGUAGAGUGUACAAUACUAGAAGUCAAUGGAGAUAAAGAUCUAGGAACUACUAUUGACGUAGUGCUGAUUAAUGGUGCACUGCACCAGGGGGAUCAAGCAAUUGUUUGCACUAAACAGGGGCCUGUCACAACCAUUAUUAGAGAUUUGUUGACCCCUCAUCCAAUGAAAGAACUCAAAGCUAAGGGCGCAUAUAAGCAUCACAAGGAGCUUAGAGCUGUACAUGGGGUAAAAAUUGUGGCACCGGGACUUCAGAAUGCAAUGGCUGGCACUUCUCUCAUUGUAGUGAAGCCAGGGGAUGAUUUGCGACAAGCUGAAGCAGCUGCAAUGCAACAGAUGAAUAUAACCAUAAGCACGACGAAUGAGAAUGAGGAGGGAACAGCAGAAGAAGUAAGUAGGGUCAAGACUUGCAAGGAGGGUCUCUAUGUGCAAGCUUCUAGUAUUGGAACCCUGGAAGCUAUCAUUGAUCACUUGCAGAGCAGUAAUGUGGACAUUCCUGUCAGUGAUUGGAACUUGGGCCCUGUCCACAAGCAGGAUGUCGUGAAGGCAGCUGCCAUGCUGAACCGGAAAGAAGAGUACGCAGCCAUCCUGGCCUUUGACGUCAAAGUGAUGCCUGAGGCUAGUGUCCUUGCAGCUGAAUCAGGAGUGAGGAUUUUUAUGGCUGAUACAGUAUAUCAGCUAGUCGACAGCUAUGCUGAGCACAUUAACGGAUUGAAUGAAGCGAAGAAAAUACAAUAUGCAGCUGAGGCAGUUUUCCCAUGUACCCUGAAGAUUUUGCAAAACCGUGUCUACCAUAACAAAGAUCCAAUUGUUUGUGACGUCGAAGUUCUGGAAGGUGUUGUGAAGGUUGGAACCCCUAUUUGUGUUUCUGUUCCAAGUAAGGAUAAAAGUAACAUAAUUCACAGCCUUGGAAGGAUCUCCUCCAUCCAAACAUCCAACGGCAGUCAGAUUUUCUCAGCCAGGAAUGGACUAGUGUCCAUAAAGAUAAUGGGUGACAAUCCUCAGGAGAAAUCCCGAUCUUAUGGACGCCAUUUUGAUGCUAGCAACGAGCUGCUCAGCCAAAUCUCGAGGAAAUCUAUUGAUGUUCUCAAAGAGUAUUAUCGGGAUGAAAUGACUGAUGAAAAUUGGCAGCUUAUCUGCAGGCUAAAGAAACAAUUCAUGAUAGCCUGAAGCGUUGGGAGAUUUAUUUUUACCACAUUUCCUUGUCUCUAUUUUCCUCUCUUUCUGCUUUGUGUUCCAAACACUUGCACACAUAUCUACCUAUAUUUGUAAUGCUCAUAAUGAUGAAACUCAAGACGUUUGGGCUUUUACAUUUGCUAUUAAUCGUGCUCAGUUGAUGCU